AUGAAUCGAUCAUGUGUUCAAUUGACAGAUUUACCGGAUGAACUUCUUAUUUUUGUUUUCAAACAAAUGAACAAUGUUGAAGUUCUCUAUUCUUUAUUCGGUGUCGAUGAACGAAUCGAUUCCAUUCUACAAGAUCCAAUGUUUACAAAUCCAGUUCGUGAGAAAAUUCAAUGGCUUGGUAUUGACUCAUCAUCUAUGAAACAAAUUCUACAUGCUACUCAUUAUCCCAAUUUACAUGGACUGGGCCUAUUUAAUAUCGAAGAAGAAACAAUUAAAAGUCUUUUCACUGAUGUAAAUCUUUCAUCUGGUCUUUUUAACAGUCAGAUUUCCAAGCUUCUAAUUACAAUUGGUCACGGUCGGAAUCUGAAGGAUUAUUCAACAAUGGAAUACAUUAUCAAUCAUAUUUUCACUGUGUUCAAGAAGUUAACUCAUUUAACAUUUGCCGAAGCAUCGUAUCAAAAUGCUAUUGAGUUAUCAUUUGUUUAUCCACCGAUCAAUUUUUGUUCCUCGACUCUUUCGGUAUUGAAUAUUAAGAUUGAUUGUUUUGAGAUAUGUUUAUAUCUUCUCGAUGGUCGUUUCAAUCAACUACACACACUCACUGUGGAAGCAGCCUACAUUUACGAAUCGGAAAAAAUUGAAAAUAAAGGAAAUAUAUCAAAUCUAAAGUCUUUUUCUUUGUCUUGCUUUCGGACAAUAGACUGUUACGAUGAAUUAAUUCUCCCAUUUCUCUAUCGAUUCUCAAAUUUAGAAACACUCAAUUUAUCUCUUUCGAUUUCGGUGAAAGAAAUUUUCAUUGAUGAACAUAAUCUGAGAAACAAAAUUGUUAAUCAUUUGUCACGACUGAGUAAAUUCACAUUUGAUGUUCAUUCGAUAAUGAACAUUAAUCAUGAUACCAUUUUACCAUCAAAUGAAGAUAUCCAAAACACAUUCAAAGAUUUUCAAUAUACGCAAGUGAUAUGUUACAUGGAUCAUUUUCUAGAUAGAAAGGAAUGUCGAUAUCAUGCAUAUACAUGUCCGUCUAAAAUGUCAUAUUAUCAAUUUACAUCAAAUCUGUUUCCAGGUGGAUAUUAUCCAUAUGUUCGUUUUGUAUCAUUAUAUGAUGAGCAUGCUUUUGAGCAUGAAUUUUUCCUUCGAAUAGCUCAAUCAUUUCCAUUGAUACAAAAAUUAGUUUUAAAUAAUGCCAAACGACAACGAUACAAACAGUCUUAUAAAUCAACGAAUGAUAACUGCCACUUAUCAAUCGUUGAAUAUUCUCAUCUUCUCGAACUAGACGUUCAAUGGGCUCAUGAUGAUUAUAUUGAAGAAUUUUUAUGUGAUAGAAAAGCAUGUUUUUGUAAGAAUAUUCGUCUUCAUGCUGUUGAUGAUGCUUUGUUAAGAGUAACGAAACAUUUUACAAGAGAAGAUACUCGAAUGAAUUGUACCAAAGUCGACAAUUUACUUGUAUGGGCUGAAUGGAGAUCUUCGAAGUGUUUUCAAGAGUAUUUUCCUUCGCUAAAAGAAGAUGAUGCUUAUAUUUCUUCUUCAUUUUACUAA